AUGAUUCCACAAUAUUUAAACCAAUUUGGAGAGCCUUUUCUGUUGGGAGACAGUGGAUAUUCCAACACCACCUUCCUGCUUACUCCUUAUUCCAAUCCUAUUCAGCCAUAUGAGGUUCGAUUCAAUCGCUCUCACAAGUCAACUAGAUGCACAAUCGAGAGGGCAUUUGGAGUGCUAAAAAAGCGCUUUAAUUUGCUGCACGGCGAGAUUAGAAUGAGCCCCACAAAGGCAUCUUGGAUUACGGUUGCUUGUUGUGUCUUACACAACAUAGCGAUUGACCGGAAAAUGCCUCUUGAUGAUCCAGAGUUGGAUGAAAUAGAUGACGAAGUCGCUCACUGCCAUCCUGCCCAGUCUGUUUCUGAUGUUUGAGCUCGUCAGUUGGGCAGUGCUAAAAGACAAAGAAUUGCUCAAAAUUUAUUCAACUAUUGAUUUUUGUUUUGUUUUGUUGAUCUUGCCAAUACAAAAUCAACUUGAUAAGAUACAUGGUCGCAGGAUCAACAUGAAGCUGUUGCCCAAU